UAGGUCACAGACAUCCCAAGCAACGCUGCACGCGUUCUGUAACUAAACGAAUGAUCAAGUCUUGGCAGAGAGCCUUUACUCACAUAACACACUUAAGAAAUGACUAGGGAACACCUUCAAGGUUUUCAAAAUGAGUUGCACCACUGAAACUCGAAUAUUGCGUGCAUUACUGUGGACGAGGAAAAAAGUUUGGUCACGUGAUACGCCCACCGGAACGAACGUCAUACUGCAAGAAAACCUGACUAGGUUUUACACGCCACUUGCAGAUCCAUAAGUAUCUCCUGGCAUACUGCAAAGGUCUGAUGGCUGGAAUACAGCUUAUUACAGUGCUUCUCUGGGCAGUCAUUUCGACUGUGCAAGGUGGUGAAGGUGGCUCUAUGCACACCAAACAAUGUCCAGCUGUUAAGUUCAUCCCAGAAGAGCCUGAUGCUGGCAAGUGUUUCUUUAGCCAAAAGUGCAGCAAGCUCAAAUGUGUGGCAGAGGCAGGUGGCCACAAAUUAACUGCUGGUCUUAAAGUAAGCAGAUGUGGUAAAUCUCUUGUUGCGUCAGUUAAAUUGCAGCAGCCAGAAGUUGACCUGGACUGGUUUGAGAGGCUGAAAGAUGGUGAAAAGGCUAAAUUGCCUAUCAAAGCAAGUAGUUUUUCCGGAGGAUUGGCAGUUUCUGAUGCCAAGCUGUACGUGCAAGUUCAACUGAAGGAGAUUCAAGACAACAAAGUCAAUUUCACGGUCACUCUGGUUGGGCAUGUGACAGCAUUAGGUGAAACUACCUCAGUGAAUACUGUGCUGAUUCAAGGACAGAUCUUUGUAUCAUCUGUUGCAGACUGUGGUUCGUGGUUUAGUGAACAGUCAACUGCCGUGAAAGUUCUUGUGAUUUUGCUGCCAUUAACCGCAGGGAUUUUGGUGGCUCUCACUGUUGCCUUUUGCUGUUGUAAAAGAGGACGGGAUGGCACUCGCCUAUAUGUUAACAUAUUCAAGUCUCGCAAUGAUGGCUUUGGAAUGCGACGUUUGUCUAAUGACAUUUAAUUUUUGUUAAAAAGGAAACUAUCAAGUGUGCGUAAAGGCAAGUUUUAGAACUAGAAAAUUGUCUUGUAAUUGUCUCGAGUGCAUUUUAUUGACUGUCUCAGAACAGAAAUGGAAGGAACGACCAAUCAGAACAAAAAGGCGAAUCUCAUGAGCCAAUGAAAAUGCAAUGUGUUCUGCACGCGAAAAAAUGCACACGAUCGAGUCGCGAUUGGCUCGAGUUUUGCUUCUUAUUGGUUAAGAAGUUCGAACGUUUCUUUUUUUUUUUUGACCGAUCAAAGAGUGAGGUGAAGUAAAACCGAUGUUAUUCCGAGUUAAUUCGGAUACUUAUUUGAGAAAAUUUGUCGAAGCAGAGCUUCAUUGACCUAAGUAAUGAGGAUAAAAAAAGAGCCCGGUAUUUAUAUAUUUAUAUCCAUUUUUGCCGUAUUGUUAUGACCCUGAGACCGUGCAACGUCCCUGGGAUUUUUUGCAAGGGGUAGGGGAGGGGAGGCGGGAUAUUAUACUAAGGAUUUUUUCGCAGCACGUACUGAGAGUAAAGUGUCUUGUAACGAACUUAUUUACUGGUCUUUAACUCAAAUAAAGUAAAGUAAAACAGGGCUCUUAAAAACCGUCAGUGGUAGCCUAGUAGUUGUGUCUGUGACCAACGAACACGGGCGGGAUACAGUGCAAACUUCACUUGUAUUGGAUGGGUGACUGAAGCACGCAAGUUAAAUUGUUUUGGUGGUACAAUGUUACGAACCAAUAUUCACUUCUUUUAAAUUACGAAAGGUAAACACUCAUACUGUGGAGCUAAAGAAAACCAUUCGUUGCACACAGAAAUUAUUCUUGUUUUAUUGAGCUUGUACAGCUACACAAACGUGUUUAAAGAAAACCCUACAUGAAUGUAGAUCUUUUUCUUACUAGAUUCCAAUGAAUAACAACUCUAAGUAUGUGGCUUAUGUUUGGUUUCGUGCGGGAAACUUACCCAAAGU